CAUGGAAUUCAGUCACACUAUCAUAUACAUAGUAUUAAAAUCAACACUCCAGUGAACGACAUAUUCGCCAAUAUUUUAUCUAAAUUUCCAAAGUUAACGAAACCAGAUUACAGUGAAAACACCAUCCAGCAUUCUGUGGUGCAUCGAAUUAUCACCAAAAACCAACCAGUUUCGGCACGUCCUCGUCGUUUACCACCGGACAAACUUGCAGUUGCAAAGGCCGAAUUUGAGCACAUGAUGCGACUAGGAAUAAUACGUCCGUCGAGUAGCUCCUGGGCAUCCCCACUCCACAUGGUACCUAAGAGGGAUCAGGAUUGGCGACCUUGUGGUGAUUAUCGAUCACUGAAUAACUUAACUUUACCAGAUCGUUACCCCAUUCCCCAUUUACACGAUUUUUCACUUACGUUACACGGUAAACAAAUUUUUUCUAAAAUCGACCUUGUGCGAGCGUACCAUCAAAUUCCAGUAGCAUCUGAAGAUGUAGCGAAAACAGCCAUCAUUACCCCAUUUGGUUUGUUUGAAUUUCUGAGAAUGCCAUUUGGAUUAAAGAACGCCGCACAGACUUUUCAACGAUUUAUGGAUGAAGUCACUAAAGGCCUAGAUUUUGUUUUCGUGUAUAUCGACGAUGUAUUAAUAGCCAGUAGUUCAUUUCACGAACAUAUUGAUCACCUACAUCAACUUUUCGAAAGAUUUCAGAGAUUCGGUAUAGUCAUUAACCCAUCCAAAUGCAUUUUCGGAGUCGAAGGCUUAGAAUUUUUGGGUCACUCGAUUGACAAACAUGGUAUCAAACCCUUAGACGCAAAAAUUGAAGCUAUCAAAAAUUUUCCAGAGCCAGACUCACUAAAUAAACUUCGACGUUUCUUGGGUAUGUUUAAUUUUUAUCGUCGGUUUAUCCCUCACUGCUCAGAUAUUCUACAACCCCUAACGGAGGCAUUAAAAGGCAAAGCCAAAAAGUUCACAUUAUCCUCCGAAGCGAAAGAUGCCUUUACUGCUGCUAAAACAGCGAUUGCUUCUACCACCAUGCUGACCUACCUCAGUCCUGAUCCAGAAGCAACACUAAUUUUGUGUACAGACGCUUCUCAGGCAGCGGUAGGCGCGGUGCUGCAACAAAGAGUAAAUAAUGAAGUCAAGCCACUUGCUUUCUUUUCGAAGAAGCUAGAACCGGCCCAAACCCGAUACAGCACGUUUGGCAGAGAAUUAUUAACUGUUUAUCUAGCAGUUAAACAUUUUAAACACUUACUACAAGGUAGAGAUUUCGUAAUCUUCACUGAUCACAAACCUUUGACUUACGCUUUCAAUGCCAAAAGUGAUCGUUAUUCUCCUAGAGAAACUCGACAGUUAGAUUACAUUUCUCAAUUUUCUACCAACAUACAGUUCAUAAAAGGUGAGUCAAAUGUUGUGGCAGAUACUUUGUCACGUUUCGACAUUGAUGCUAUUUGCUCCACUAAAGGAAUUGAUUUGUUGGACAUUGCACGCUUACAGGUUGAUGAUCCUGAUCUUGCGGCUUGUAAACAAAAUUCGAGUCUAGUAUUAAAAAGUAUUCCAAUAGCACAUUCUGAUUCUACUAUAAUUUGUGAUACUUCAACUGGAAUACCCAGGCCAUUUGUGCCAAUAGCGUGCAGAAAAAAAGUUUUUGAUUGUCUUCAUUCAUUAUCUCACCCAGGAGUUCGAGCUACUGCGAGACUGAUCGGAGAAAGAUUUGUCUGGCCAAAAAUGAACUCAAACAUAAAGGAAUGGACCAGAAAUUGUUUACAAUGCCAGCGUAGCAAAGUUCACAGACAUACGAUUACAACACCGUCAACAUUCAAUCUACCUGACCAUCGUUUUCAGCAUGUCCACGUUGAUUUAGUUGGUCCUUUACCCCCAUCUAACGGAUUUACUUACAUCUUUACUGCAGUGGACCGUUUUACCAGAUGGCCAAUAGCAUGUCCAAUAAAAGAUAUCUCAGCAGAAAAUAUUGCUGCCGUGUUUCUUGACAGAUGGAUUUCUAAUUUCGGUGUACCUUCUACCGUUACUUCCGACAGAGGUUCACAAUUCCAAUCGCACCUCUUCAACGAAUUUACGCGCAUCUUGGGAAUCCAUCACAUCACUACAACUGCAUACCAUCCAGCAGCAAAUGGACUAGUGGAACGAUUCCACAGACAACUCAAAAGCUCAUUGAUGGUACAGCCUGAUGUAACUAGAUGGAGUGAAUUCCUACCUCUCAUAUUAUUGAGCAUACGCUCGACAAUUAAGGAAGAUCUACAAUGUACACCUGCUCAGCUAGUUUAUGGAACUAAUUUAACCUUACCUGGUCAACUAGUCACGCAUAAAGGCACUUCUGUAUGUACAGACCCCUCCUCCUUUUGCGAAAGACUAAUGAGCCACAUGAAUAGCAUUAAGCCUGUUGCACCUCGACCAGUCUUCUUAAAAGAGCAAAUUAGCAAGCAUCUAAACACAUGUAAAUUUGUGUUUGUCCGUGUCGACUCAGUAAGACGUCCUUUACAACACCCUUAUGAAGGACCUUAUGAAGUAGUAGACAGGCAAGCAAAAUAUUUCACAAUCAAGAAGAAUGGGAAAAAGGAAACAGUUGCAAUUGACAGGUUAAAACCCGCUUUCAUAGAGUCUGAAACACAUAACAGUCGAAAGCCUUCUAAAGACAACAACUGCACAACACAGCUUCCUGCGUUUCCAGCUAAUUCUUCACCUACUUCUGUGAAAUCGCCAACUCAAACAAUGUGUGAUGCUAAUGUUAUGGCUCCUACAAACUUAGUUCCUAAUUCCACUACCUUACCUAUUUCAAAAACCACUCGUACAGGAAGACAGGUACAUAUUCCUAAACGUUAUGCUGAAUUCAUUACUAAAUCUUCCUUCGAUCAUAUUCUGUAAUGUGAGUAAAUACCCAUAUGCUAAGAGUUACUCAUGACAUAUUUUAACUAUAAGUGUAUGCGUUUUACAUGACGCUCAUUAUUAACUGUAACGUUACCCAACUUAGUUGUAUUUGUUCAUUUUAUAAUUGAUCGUUUACAUUGAUAUAUACAGAUAUUAAAAAUUUUUCCGGUAAUAUAUCAAUUUAAUUAACGUUAUUAUAAAUAACACUAUUAUUUUUAUUAUACGUUCAAUUAUCUUUGUUAAAUAUUUUUAAAUACAUUAAAAAUAAUAAACACAAAAUUUUUUUUUAUAACCACACAAAAACAUUUUGUUUCAUAAGUAUAUAUACUUAUUAAAAUUUUUUUUGAUAACCUCUAUUUAUUCUUUCCUUUGUUGUGUAAUAAUUUUUUUUCCCUCCAAAGCACUUAGAAUUUACGUCGGGCAUACCACCACCGACGCAUGCCCUAGGGGGGGAGUUAUAUAGUGACAUUUAUGUCUAGUGAUUUUUUGUAACAACAAAUUAAAGGUCACAUAUUUUUCCUAGUUGUCACACUUUUUAUGUAAUCACACUCAUAUUCGAUAUUUAUUGUUUUUCUGUAUCAAUGGUAAAGAAACGAAUACUUUUGUUUGGUUAUAUAUAUCACUACUUCACUACCGCGCUUCUUAAAAUAUAAGCGUUGUAUCCGCCGUCUAUUCUUCUGCUUUAACGGCCACGGCCUUUGAUUGAAGAUUAUAAUAGUAUUAUAACAUCUUUUUAGACCAUUCCACACUACGUUGGUGUUUUGGCCCGGAUCAUUACUGAAUAAUACUACUGGAUCUAAUCUUCUCCAUUUUGCUGUUGGUGCCAUCACGUGCAGAGGAAUCUUUGUUAACCAAGUGAACUUAUUUGUGGUUGUUAUCUCAGAAAGCAGCUUACAAGUAACAUUCAUUUCAUAACACUGUUACCAUUUUGUUGCUCAAUAUACCUUUUUAUAAUUUAACUGU